UCCUUUUAUGCAUAAAAAGGGAACCAGAAAGCGAGGGCGUUUAUGGGAGAAUGUUGUAGAAAAUCUGAACAAAAUAGAUGGCUACAAAGUAGAUCAGCGUAGCGUAAGAGAAAGGUGGGCAAAACUACGGAAGAAUUUAUUGAAGAAAAAUGCAAAUGAAAUAAAGGCCUCUGGGAUAUCCCCGGAAAUGUCAGAAAGCGAUAUACUAGUCGAAGAGUUAAUAAACCAAGAAGAUGAUGCAGAAAAAAUAGAGUUGAAAAAUGAUGAAGAGAAGAAAAAGCAGGAUGGAAUAGCGAUGCGAAAACAGGCAAUGGAGACUUUUGCGGAGACCAAAAAAGGUGAGAUAUUUCUUUUUAAUGAGGGAUUGUUCAAUUCCAUAAUUUUUACAGGUUUUUACAACUUUACUCUAUGUGGAGGAACAAAAGAAAAUUCUACACCUCCACAAAUGCGUGGACAUUUCAAAAUAAAAUAUACUACAGGAUGAAAAGAAAGCCCAUUUGGUGCAUAGAUAAUUGUAACUACAUAUGUGAUGUAACCAAGUCUACUACUUACUUUAUGUUUUAAUAUUUUUGCAUUAACAAAAAAAAACAA